CCUCAAAAUACAUAUCACAAAUUAUUACUCGCUAAUUAUUUGUAAAUAUCUAUUUAAUCACACUAAAAGUAAUAGACCUUUAGUGUUUAUAAUAAAUAUUUAACGCAUAAUUUUGUCAAUAAUACAUUGAAAUAGGAAAACGGUAUUAUGCUUCGGCAAAGGUGUUUAGUUCAACUGACUAAACAGUGCAUAUCGCGGCAGAGUUUACUAAAGAAAAAUGUGAACCUAACCUACUGUGAACUUCAAUAUAGGUACAAUUCUGAUGCUAAAGAAAGAAAAUUCACAGACCGCCAUGAAUGGGUUGUUGUAAAAGAAAACAUUGGUACAGUGGGAAUAAGCAAUUAUGCACAGGAAUCUCUAGGAGACGUUGUUUUUGCACAGCUGCCUGAUGUAGGCACAGAGGUUAAAGCUGGUGAUGAGUGUGGAGCUUUGGAAAGUGUGAAAGCAGCUAGCGAAAUAUACUCCCCUGUUAGUGGAACUGUUACAGCAAAAAACCGUGACGUAGAAAACAAACCUGGCUUGAUAAACACUUCUUGUUAUGAAAAAGGUUGGCUUUUUAGACUCAAGUUAUCAAAACCAGAGGAGUUAAAGGAUCUCAUGACCGAUACACAAUAUGAGACGUUUUUGAAAACCGAUGUUGAAAAGGACCAUUGAAUAUUGUUUUAGUUUGUUUGUUGCUGUACAUGUGUAAGGCAAAUAAAUAGUGUUGAUGA